GAUUGGUGAAUAGUGUUGAGAGAGAGGGGGUCAGACAUCAGCCGCCACCAUGAGUACGGACGCAGAGAUGGCCAUCUAUGGCAAGGCUGCCAUUUACCUCCGGAAGCCAGAAAAGGAGAGAAUUGAGGCUCAGAGCAAACCUUUUGAUGCCAAGAGUGCCUGCUACGUGGCCGAUGCCAAGGAGCUGUACCUGAAGGCAACAAUCAUCAAGAAAGAUGGUGGCAAAGUCACCGUCAAGGUCCUGGACACUCAGGAGAGGACAGUCAAAGAAGAUGACGUCUCUCCAAUGAACCCUCCCAAGUAUGACAAGAUUGAGGACAUGGCCAUGAUGACCCAUCUCAAUGAAGCCUCUGUGCUGUAUAACCUCAAAGAGCGUUAUGCAGCAUGGAUGAUCUACACCUACUCUGGGUUGUUCUGUGCCACUGUGAACCCCUACAAGUGGCUCCCAGUGUACGAUGCUUGA